AUGCUCCCCCUAUAGGCGGUUUUGUCAAGUUUUAAAACGGAAAACGGGUAAGUUUCGAGAUUAUUGAACAGGUUUCGUAGCUACAUUUCCUUUGUUUUGCACAGAAUAUGGCUGCCAUAUUUAGUUUUGAUGUAUGUUUUCAAACCUAUAAUCUUAAUUUUGCAGAAAAUAAGGUGUAUGUGUAUUCAGACUAUUGGAAAUAAGUGUAUUUGAAGUGAUUUGCAUUUUUUCUUGUUAAUGAACUUAUAAGAAUCUGUUGCCGUGAAGUUUUUUUCGUGAAAAUUGGUUGUGUUUACAUCGCUGAUGCAAAAGAUAGUCUUCAUAACGAUUUGUUUCAGAUAAUUCUUAUUAUUUUCUUAAUGCUGCAAUUUCAGGAAGUUUUACAAGUUUUGUUGAUCGAUAUGGGCACAGAAUGUAAAACUCCAAAAACAUGAGUGUAUGUUUGGAAUCGAGCUCGACGCUCGCAAACCAAGCGAGUUCUGAAAAAUCAGAAAACAGCAAAAGCAGUAUUGUCUCUACUUAUCCUGAUGAAAAGGAACCCUCAGAUGUCACCUCUUCUGAUCCUUCGUCCAACAGAAAUGCAACUAAACCUCUGUUGUCGUCGUCUCCUACGACAACGACCACAGCAACAACGGCAACUGCCGGUAAUACGUUGUCGUCGAUAUUACAGAAAACUGUUACCGCCGCUACAACCGUACCACCAAACAAUUCCCUUAUAACAGUGAUGAAUACUCAAGGUCCUGUAGCUAUCGUGAAAUCAUUAAAUAGUCCGUUCCCGACGAAUCAUCACUUCACAUUGGUUAGUUCUUCACCCUUAACAGUAAGCAAUGGUCUUGGAAAACAAAUCACCGUCGUGCCGAAUCCCCCGUACACACUGGUACGACCUCAGACAAAUGAAACGGUGCCGAUGACAGUAGUACAAUCAUCGACGACUUCUGUUACCGAGGUGGUACCGAAAAAAACCGAAAGUGCAACCACAAGUGGUUGCAAUGAAGUCACUGUAGCCGCAACGGUAAAUAAUGGAUCAGUGGUAACUACUAUCCCAAUUACAGCACUAACACAUGCGAGUGCUGCUAGUGCUUCAACAAUUAUCGAAAAGCCGGCUAUUCACAAUGUGUUUGUUAAAAAUUCCGGAAGUUUAUCUGAAACGGCCGUCGCAAAUCCCGCACCGCUCACCGGAUUCGGUAGCACGAGUAAUAGUGGUGGUGGAGUUCCACAGGCUCAAAAGCUACUUACCGCAACUAGUUUUCCUCCCAAUAAUGUCCUUCAAAACCUUAAUGCACCUGCAUUACUAAAAUCGAGUACCAUAUCAAAAUCCAUCGUUCCACAGCAAAAUAGUAGUAAACUGAAAAUUCUUGGUAACGUUGUCGUGCCAACAUCAAGUGGCGUAUCAACAGGAUCAAUAAAUACUACUCUUAACACCAAUAACCCUAACUUCGUAGUUAAUAAAACGGCCGCUCCUGUCAAAUAUUAUCCGCAACAAAAAGUUGUUACGAACGCAAAUGGUACAACGAAAUUGCUAGGCAAACCAUCGAUGCCUACUCUAAUGAAAACCAGCGGGAACAUCGGUAGCAUACCUAGUAAAACGCUGCCUCCUCCACCUCCUUUAGGUGGUAUUAAACCUCCUAAAAUGAUGUACCCGGCUCAAAAGGGUCACAUUAAAACAUUACCACCUCUUAACAAUAACAAUAACAAUGCUUUAAAACAGAACGUUGGCCUAAAAACAAUACCUCCUCAAUAUAAAGGAGGGACCAUUUGCGGAAGCGGUAUCCCGAGCCAACAAGUACAAAGAACCAGCUCGGGUCUCAGAACGAUACCACCACAACGAUCUCCUAAAGGAAUGGGAAGUAUAAAUAUUGCAGGGACUCAACUUAACAAACCUAAUUAUAUUGGCAAACAUGCUAUUCAAGGGCAAAAAUUGCGUAGCCCUCCUAUCGGAGGAGGAUUUGGUGGUCACAAAGCAAAAGCCAACCUAAAAUCGACUCUAGCAUACAACUCCUCGAGUGACUACACAAAAAUGUCUGUAACGGCUACGGCGUCUGCGCAAAGCAACCAACAAAUGGUAUACACGCAGGCCCUUACGGCGCAAAUUAUCGAAACCUUAAAUCAGAACAAUACGAUAGGUGGUUCUUAUUCUUGCGCAAGUGGUAACCUUUCUGGUCCCGGAAGCGUCAUGGGUUCGAGAUCCAGGGAUGCCGGUUUACGCUACGAUGGCAAUUACACGUAUUCAAAUUCUGCUCCUCCAGACUAUGUAACAAAAAUUUGGUUUAGAGCGCCGGAAACUAUCUCUCGCAUAUCACCCCGUAUUAUGGAUCAAAAACCACAGAGUGGCUUGGAUACGUUGUCGCUCAUCUGCCAAGCCGUUCUUUUGGAUCACAACUACAACGCCACCUUGCCUCUUGAACCAGUAGCUCGUCCAACUUCCUGUAACACUACGUCACCGUUACAAAUUACUGGUGCUCCAAAUGGAUCCUUAUAUUCUCCUGGUAGUGGCACAAGAGGCCGUUCGUCCCUGGCUUCGUCAAAUUCUACCAGCGUGAUGAGUACAUCCAGUAGCACGCUGGUUCCAAGUAUGAGCAGCUCAGGCCCGUUGCAGGACGACGAUGUCGCGUCAGAUAUAAGCUGCGGCUCAGAAAGAAGACCCGAAACAGAAGGUGAAGAGACAGACACAGCUCCUGAAGCCGAGGCUGUUACCAGUAACGAUGUAGAUCAUUAUGGUGAUUACGUUAACCGGUGUGUAUGCGGCUACGAUCACGAUGACGGUUACAUGAUCGAAUGUGACCGUUGUAAAGUAUGGCAGCAUGUGCGCUGUGUUGUUAAAACAAAGAAGGUGCCUGAGGAUUUCUUGUGCGAAAUUUGUGAUUCAACCAAGGUGGUUGACCGAGCAAAGGCGCAACUGUUGCAGCAACAGUACCUUAAAGAUCGAGGCGAUCCACGUUUCCAAAAGGACUUACGGUUGCAACAGAAACUCAAGGAAGCUGUUAGUGACAGUGACUCGAGUGAUGCAGAACCUUCCUCCACGCAUGGUAACAGCGUCGUGAACAAAGGUAGAAAUUUUAAUAAUAGAAAACGUGAUCUACACAAAAAUAAUAUUCAUCAGAGGCGAGAGCGUCCAGCUAGAAGGCCAAUUAAAAAAGAAAGGAAAAUGACCAAAAGAAAGGCGAAAGCUCAGACACGCCAACACCAUAAUCAGCAACAGCAACACCAUCACAACAGCGAAGAUGAAAAGAGUACCGCUGGGGCGAUUGCCGUCGCCGCUGAUACUUGGCCGUCCUCGCAGUUGCCGCAACUUCGCCAAUGGAUCGAAAACUACGAAGAAGCGGUAACGAAUCACUAUUCGCCCGAAUUGCGAGCUCGCGUUUCUAAUAUUCGCAUUAAUGGUGCUCACUCGGAUCUUACGGCCCAGUUCGAUUGUUCGGUGCACAAGUGUCGCGUACAGACGCAGCCUUUAACCGGACUUAAAUUGCUCGUGAGUACAGCCACAAUGGGCCCAAACACUCCCAUAGUUGAACUGCGUGGCAAAUACAUGUUGUCUACGCAACACCGAAGCUCUGCACCCCACCAUGGCAGCGGCGCCUUAAAUACUCGACAACACUCUCAAAGACCCGGACCGUUCCUAUUCUUUUAUCGGCUGCACAAGGACAACACCGAAGUAUGUGUAGACACGCGUACGUACGGUAAUGAUGCUCGUUUCAUCAGGCGUUCUUGUAAACCAAACUCGGAGCUUCGACACUGUAUAGAGAAAGGCGUUCUACACUUAUACAUUGUCACGAUUGCGAACGUGGAAAAGAAUAUGGAACUGACUAUUAAACAUGAGUCCCAUGACCUUGCUGUUGUUGGAACAACGUACAUUGCUUGUGCAUGCGGCAAACCUGACGAAUGCACGGUCAACAAGAGCGGUGCUCCUUCAUCCACUACCGCUACCUCUGGAACAACCGUAAGGAGAAAUGGUGAAAAUGCCAACGAAAGUACAAAUCAUCGAAAAAGACGCGGAAGACGAACUGUAUCGAGCACUUCUGAACAUGACCACUCUUUUUCCGCACCCCCUGUUAUCGUACCCAGCGCAAAAGUUAAAGAAGAAAAGGUGCCAUUACCAUCACCUCCACUCCACGUGAAAGUUGAAGAAGACUCUAAACUAACGAAAGAAGAAAAAAAAUCUGCCUUAGUCUCGGACGACAUUGUAAAAGUUAAAACGGAAGAUGUUAAACAAGAACCAUCGUCUGAAAACGAACCUUAUCUUAACGAAAAAGAAAAGGUUGAAAUCAAACAGGAAGACACAGAUGAAGAGGAAGACGAUAAAGAAACACAUAACAAUUAUUCUUCGUCGGUCACGACAAGAAGGUCUUCCGCAUAUCAAAAUCAACAACAACACCAAAACAAAUCAGAGUCUUCAGAAGAGAAGACGCCAUCGAAAGAACAACAAACUAAAGAGGAUAAGAAAAAACUAAGCCGCGAGGAGCGAAAACUUGAGGCGAUAAUGAAAGCUUUUGAACGAAUGGAGAAACAACAACAACGGAAACAAGAACACCAGGCAAAACAGGCAGCUGCACAUCAUAAGCGUGAAUCGGAUCCUGUACCGUCAUUAGCGCGCGAAGACGACAAAUCAACAGCCUCCAAUAUCAAUGAACAUCUUCAUCAACAGCAGAAGAUGAAACGGCGGAGACGCAAAGGUCGCGCUCGAACUACUAGCACCAACUCGCAAUCUCAUUCGCAACAACGACGUAGUAAUCGUGUAAAUUCCGCCGAUUCGUCGUACGUAACAUCAAGCGAUGAGACGACGCAAAUGUUGCUUUCGCCCAAUUCUGAUAACAACAAUAGCCAUUCCAACCAGGCUAACAUAAAAGAAAGUUUAAAUUCUCCGGAUAAGGCGGCAGGUUUGCUUCUAGCCCUCGCAAAUGGCGACACCUCUCACAGAAAUGAACCAAAGUCACCAAUAAGGGAUGGAGACAGUAGUUCAAAUUCAGUCCAUUCGUCUCCCGAAACUCCAUUAUCUUCAGCGUGUCUUCUGGUAGCGGCCGCCGUUGAACCCCUGGAACCUGGUUUCAAAUUCCCAAAAACAAAGAAGAAGGGGUUGAUGAACGAGUGGCUGAAUAAGAGUCCGGAAUGUAUCCAGUCGGCGAGUUCAAUAUCUCCAUCUUCAUUAACACCGCACAUUACAACUCCGCCCGAUUGCGGUUUUUAUGAAAAUGCAGCUUCAUUCUACGGUUCGACGAAGGGUCUAGUGGCGUUCUCGCAAGCAGCAUCUUACUGCGAUAACUCACAACCUCACGGCAAUGCGAAGAAACGAUGGCUUCGACAAGCUAUCAGUGAAAGUCCAAUGGGAGGUGAAUCGCCACCUCUUUCGGAAGCAGUGGCGCCGCCAAAAAAACGAAAGUUGCCACGAGAAUCUCUAUCGAACGACGCGUCUCCGCCAACAACGCCAACAAGCACAAGUGCACCUGUGUCGCUAGGGAGUAGCGAUAGUCAAAUGGCGGAUCAAGAAGGUCGCGUUGAAAUAGUAUUAAGCGGGACAGAUGAAGACAGUCCUCCUACAGUUCUUGAAUCAGAUGCCGUUCUUAAGAAACGAGCUGCCGAGAUGCAAGAAGAAUUUGGAAAUUGUGUACGAUUACCUGAAUCUCAGGAUGGUUCUACUUCACCGUUAAAAGUAUCCACCGUUACAACUUCAAACAAUGCGAGACUUUGUUCGAUGGACCCUCGCCUAUCGCGACAUAUAUUCAACAAUAGCGAUCAUUUGGUCGGAACAGUUGAGAAAACGCUCAGCAUAUUCGGAUUCCAAGAUAAAAAACCUGAGCCGAUUUUACCUACGAAAAGAAAGCUGUCUAUAACGGAGUAUCGACAACGUAAGAAGCUGACAGUUAACGAAAAAGCAGAAGAAGAAAAAGACAACGCAAAGAGUAAAGAGGAAGAUGGUAACACGGGGUCAACAGCUUAUACGUCUAUACCGUCGAUGCGGCAACGUUCCGACAGCACGAGCAGCGCAACAUCAUUUAUGUCUUCCGACGAGGAGCUACAUCUAAACGAACUACCCCAAAAACCAUUAUCAGCGUUUAACUCAGAACCAACAGAAUUAGAGAAAACUAGAGAAAGCGUCAGUCUACGUUUAAAGAAAGCUUUCGGGUUAUCAGUCGACGAAGAUCCACGAAAAACUACUUUAAAUGUAGAAGCGUUACUGAAUUGCGACCUGUCGCUACCAUCAAAGACCACUGUGCCUCUGGCCAGCCCAACAUUUCCGAUCCCGGGCAGUGGCGAUACAACUUCAAUCUCCACCUUUCCCAUUCAUUCUUCUUCAUUUCAUUCAACAGAACCAUCAGUGAUCGUUGAAGCGCCGUUACCGCCAAAUGAUGAAGAAGUAGACGAAACGUCGGUUCAGCCACCACCACCACCAUCUCCACCACCCCCUACACAAACAACGUCUCCAAAAACAGAGCAGACGUUCGACAUCAAAGACGAAGUAGACACGACAGAAGAUUCGUCAAUUCCUGAUAUGUCCGACGUAACAAAGGUUGAAGACAUAUUGGUCAAUGAAAAACUAGAAGAGGAAAAGAGCAAAAAAGAAGAACAACAACUUCAACAACCCGAUAAUGAUGAUGAAGUUGAGAUUAAACCGGAUAUGCUUUAUUCGCCAGACGAUGAAGAGGAGAUGAAAACUGAGGACGAGGAGGAAGAGCAGGAACAAGAACGGGAAGUAGUAGACGAAGAAAUGGUAGAAGUUCCUCAGAGUGUUAAAAGCGAUGUGAUGAUUCCUAAGAUGGAAAAAUAUGAGGAAGUGGAGAGCACAAACUACGUACCACCGUUUAAUAACCCACUAUAUCCAAAUAGUAGUACAUUUAGUUUCGGAUCGGUUAUAGAUGACGACGCUCCUUACGAGGGUCGCAAUCCGUCUCCACCACCGGAGCUAAGCAGUAACGGUGUGACCGGUUCCUAUUCGAUUCCCUAAUUAAAAUUGACGUUUCUGUUGUUGUUAGUUAAGUUCAUAACGAAAGAAAUACAGUUAGUUUCAUCGUCAUCAAUCAUCGAACAUCGUUAUAUAUAUCUAUAUGAUAAGAAGCGUUGGAAGUUAUCGUGAAAUACUUUUUUGUUUUUUUCCUUUUUAUGAUCGUAGAAGAAGCUUUAAAGUGUGGAGACCAGUUUCGGAGCAUUCGUUCAAUGACAUUCGGGGUAGUUCGUCAGUGCAAUUGCAGAUUUCUAGAUAAGUUUUAUUUUUACUAUAAAAACUAGUUGUAGAUAAUUAAUAAUUAUCAGAAAGUAUUAAUAUAUAUAUACAUAUAUAUAUUUAUGCAUCUUUGUAAUGUGUACAUAGUUAAAAGGUUGUUUUUAUUUUGGAGAUUUAUUUUUCGAUGUUAAAAAAAGUUGAGAUUGAUAUCUACAUGUUUUCAUGCGUACUGGACCUAUUUUUUUGUUUAAUUUAAUAAUUAAGUUGAAACUCGUUUUUUUCUCAGUUUUCUAGCCUGGAAUGGUGCGUUUUGUUUUGUAUAUUUGCAUAAAAAAUUAGAAAAGGGUGUAAUGUGUAGAUAUCAUUCAAUCCCCUUGUAAAUAAUGCAUUCAUACGCGCUUUUUCGGACAAUUACAAUUAGAUAUUAUAUAUAUACGUUCGAAUAAACGAACAAAUGUAAGGAAAAUAUCGUAGUAAAAGUGUUAAAUAUUUUGCUAUUGAAGUAAUAGUAGGGAAGCGUACGGGGGCCUCGUACCCCAUUUUUCGGUGAAUUAUAUAAGUGUUAAGUCGGUCUCUGUAAAUAGCAGUUAAUAAAUUAAUGACGAAGAAAACUACUUACUUGCACACACACUCACAUACACAAACGUGAAAAGAAUAUGGUCCUUGCUCAAAAAACAAAAAAGUGUGACACGAUGCGUAGAGUUAAUGUUUUUAAAAGUACAAAAUUAACAGACAAAUUCAGAGAUCUCGAAUUUUAAGGAUAGAGAACAAGUUUGUUUUUCCUUUUUCUUGUAAUUAUUGUUUAAUUAGUUACUGUUUAGUGUAAGUCUGAUUUAUUUGCCAGAUGUUAAGUAAGACUAAGCCCGAGUGAUCGCAGAAUUGAUUUUGUGAUAAGGGGGAGAAAGUGCAUCGACAUUUUCGUCAAUUUCUUUGAUUUUCGAAUAAAAUUAGAAAAAUAAGAUCAUUUAAUAAGAAUUAAAUCAAAAGAUUAAAACUGAAAUUGCAGCAU